AUGGAUUCACCUCCAGUUCUUUUUCUCCCGGGCUUUGGGGUGGGCUCGUUUCAUUUUGAUAAACAGCUAAAAGAUCUGGGUCGUGAUUAUAGAGUGUUUGCUCUAGAUUUUCUUGGUCAAGGCAUGUCUUUGCCGCAAGAAGAUCCGACUUUGGGACUGAAGGAUGGAAAUAAAUCCAUUUUAGAUGGACAAGAUGAUCUUUGGGGUUUGGGUGAUGAAAGCGAGCCAUGGGCGAAAGAGCUUGUUUAUUCUGUUGACUUGUGGAGAGAACAAGUACAAUAUUUUGUGGAACAGGUAAUUAGAGAACCCGUUUAUCUUGUGGGAAAUUCACUCGGAGGGUUUGUGGCUCUCUAUUUAGCGGCAUGCAACCCUGGAUUGGUGAAAGGUGUAACUUUGCUUAAUGCAACUCCUUUCUGGGGGUUUCUGCCUAAUCCCGAAAGAUCUCCGAAAUUGUCGAAACUGUUUCCAUGGGAUGGAACAUUUCCUCUUCCUCCUGGUGUUAGAAAAUUGGUAGAAAUUUUAUGGCUCAAAAUUAGUGAUCCAAGAAGUAUAGCAGAUAUACUGAGACAGGUUUAUGCAGAUCAUACAACAAAUGUGGAUGAAGUUUUCUCCCACAUUAUCGAGACAACUCAACAUCCAGCUGCUGCUGCAUCCUUAGCCUCCAUUAUAUUUGCUCCAAGGGGACAAUUAUCCUUCAAUGAAGCUUUAGCUAGGUGUAAAAUGAACAAUACACCGAUUUGUCUAACAUACGGGAAGGAAGAUCCAUGGGUUAUGCCGAUAUUCGGUUUGCAUGUGAAAAGGCAAGUACCAAAUGCUCCUUAUUAUGAGAUAAGUCCUGCUGGGCACUGCCCUCAUGAUGAAGUUCCCGAGGUUGUGAACUUUAUUCUGCGAGGUUGGAUCAACAAUCUGGAGUCGGGAGGUUCUAUGGUGCUGCCUUUGCUCGAUAACCCAAAAGAUGCUGAUUAUGGAUUCACAAAGGAGCUCGAAUUUUCCAGACAAGGAGGGUCCAAAAAAUCAGUUCGGGUGAAGCUCUAUGGAUCCAAAUUCGGGCUGUUGAACUGGCUAAGUUCUCAGUUCAAACCUCUUUUGUACCGUGAAAAGGCUCGAUGGAUUAGUUAG